AUGAGGAGGUCGUCCGAAGCGCUGAGGGCAGAGUUGGACGCCGUACGGGCGGCAAAGGCUUCUGCCGAGAAGCGCUUGGAAGAGGAGGAUAAGGCAAAAAAGGCCUUGCAGCAGGAUCUGGAGCAGAAGAAGCUGGAGUCGAUCCGCCUUGCCGACCGAGUGCGGAUACUCGAGGAACAGGUCAAACGUCGGGACGCAGAACUGAAGAAGACGAAGACUGAGGUCGACAAGCACGUCCCCGCUCCUUCGGCGCAGCAAAAGGCGGGCAAGGUACAGGCGUCCUCGGGUAGCAGCUCGGACGAAGCAAAGGUUGCGGACCACUUCUUGGCCACACCGGACUGCGUCCCGGAGAAAGACGUUAUCCAGCUGGUCCAAGACCUCAACGCCGAGAUCCACCAGGUCUCUCAGCUCAUCGCCGACUCGUACAAAUACGCCGAGCACACGAUCGACCCGAGCCAGCACGGCGCCGCGGCACGGGAGUGGGCAGAACAUGCGCUGGGGCGCCCGAUGACGCAGCUCCUGCAGGAUACGGACGACGCUACGAUCGUGCAGGUCGCCUUCCAGGGCACGAUGUCGAUGUAUGCGCACUGGACGGUGCGAUGCUGGUAUUUCGACCUAUCGAAGGAGGCCGAAAUAAUUGGCGAUAUAUAUGACGACGUCUACUAUCAUAUGCGGGAAACCGAGGCUUUGGCUGUCGCACGAAGAUGGCGGUCGCUAACGCGCAAACACAUUCAGUCCGUCGUCCAUGGCGACGGUGACAUCGCCACCAGUCUCGUUCCGCGAAUUGCGGAGCGUCUGACGGACAUUCUCCUCGUCGCCGGCUGCAAGGCGCCGCUGAAGCAAAUCACCGAGACGAUGAAAAAUAAGUUCAUGGACAAGAUAAAGGGAGUCAUCACGCUCGCGCUGAAGGUCAACAAAACCAUCGGCCAGGAGAUCCUCUCGGGCGACUACGAGGUUACGUGGGUGUCGCCCGAGGAGGCUUACGAUCCUACGUGGAUGGAUGAUAUUGACACGGAGCACGAGGCGGACAAGGCUGAGAGCGAAGACUUAAUCAGGGUCCUGAGCACGACAGAGCUCGGGCUCGGGCGCAUGGAGAGAGUCACGAGUGCGGACGGGGUCGAGGAGUGGAAAGACACCUGCCUGGUGAAGCCUAAGGUUGUCCUGGAAUCCAUGGUCGAAUGGGACGGGGAGAAGUGA